GGGGCCGCGCUCCCCUCUGAGGUACCCGCGGGGCCACGCUCCCCUCUGAGGGCAGGAGGAAGGCCAUGCUUCAUCACCAGGAAACAGCUCUCUUGCUUCCACCAGCUGGAGAAUAGCAUACAGCCCACCCUGUCAUCUUUGAUCAGGUACAGGAUGGAGACCUUGGAUGAGUUUGACGAGUAUCCCCUCAGUGUAUCAUUUUGCAAGCUGAUUUCAUUAGAGGAAUUUGAGGAGCAGUCCUUGCCUACACCUAGCAAUGCCUGCGUGAACUGUACUCAAGACAUGGAGCAGAGCCCAAGGAUCUGCAAGAGGGCCCUGAGAAAUCAGAAACAGAUGGAGAAGGAAGCAGUUGGCUUGAUACCUUAUUUGAAGGCCAAGAUUUUUCGGGUUCUGCAGAGAGACCUGAAUUACUGUAACUCUAUGGGUGUUGCAGAGAUGAAAGACAAAGUGCUUCAGCUGAGACAAGACAUGCAGAUUGCAAACAACUAUGCUCAUGCCGCUAAGACUGGGAGAGGGCAACAUCGGAAGAAGCACGCUCUACAAGACAGAUUAAAUCAACUUCAUUCCAAGGUUCCUGAACCUCCCAAGUUCACCAUGCCCAGGUUCUUCGGUCCUUUUCCAGAAGUCAUGAAUAAGCAGGGGGAGAGAGCUUCAACUUCAAGCCCUUAUCUAAAAUACUGGUGGACUGGUCUAAAAACAGUGAGCCAGAAAAGACCUCCUGGAAACGCUCCCACACCUCAGUCUUCUGGCUCCACUGGCACUCAACCUGCAGCCCCUGUUUCUAACACAUCUACAUCAUGGAAGUUUCAAGGUGAUACAGAAGAGGACACAGACAGCGAGUAACCUGGCCCCAGUUCCUCUGCUAAGGAGGCAUAAAUGUUUCUUCUUAUGUGGAAAAGACAUACGUGAAUAAACAUUCUGUGCAAGUGCUCUG